UCAAAGCAGCACAACAUUGUCUUUCUUUUACAUUUACUACAUUACAGGCUUCUUGUUUUUUCUAGCAAACUCAUUGUAAUAUCAUUCAUCAGGCAUGUCAUCACUCCAUCCAUCAGAAAUGGACUCAGGCGCUCCAGAUUCUGUAGUCUCUUCUCCUCAGCCCGGUUACCAAGUGUCGCAUGAUCCACGUGUGCGCUUCAUGUGCAGCUUUGGAGGGAAAAUUCUCCCCCGCCCACAUGACAAUCAGCUCCGAUAUGUUGGCGGUGACACGCGCAUAGUUGCUGUCCACCGCUCUACAACCUUCUCUACUCUCAUCACUAAGUUAUCAAAAUUGUCAGGAAUUGGUAACUUGAGUGUCAAGUAUCAACUACCGAAUGAAGAUCUUGAUGCUUUGAUAACUGUUACUACUGAUGAGGAUGUUGAGAACAUGAUGGAUGAAUAUGAUCGUAUUUUACAUAAUCAAAAUCCACGUUCGGCUCGGCUUAGGCUAUUUCUGUUCUCUGCAACAGAUGAGUCAAGAUCAAGUAGUAUUAGUUCACUUCUUGAUGGAUCAACUAACCGGGAAAACUGGUUUUUUGAUGCUCUUAAUUCGGGCUCUAGCAGGCUUGAACGUGGAAGGUCUGAGGCUUCUUCAAUUGUUUCUGAAGUACCCGAUUAUCUAUUCGGUUUGGAGAAUUCGGAUGAGGGCAACAUUCCUCGUGAACCCAAACUGAAGUCCAGAUUCGUUAUGAACGAUAAUGUUUCAGCUUCUGAUCCAGAUUCUCCUGCCCCGGUUGUUUCUUACCCAUAUAGCUCAGCUUCAUCAGUUGUGCCUGCAGUGCCUUCAAUUCCGGUUCUUCCACCCGUUAAGACCGAACCCGAUGACCUGGAGGCAGUAACGGUACGUGCGAAGCGGAAUUCAGUUGAGGGUUAUUGUGACCCGAUUGAGACACCACCAAUCACCCAAUCACCUGGAUAUCCAAGCAAUCCAGUCAUGCAUUAUAUUCCGGAUUCUCUUUAUCCGGGUAGUCCAGUACAGCAAAUGCCGGUUUAUUAUGUUCCAGGUACGAUUUCACCGGGGAACAUUCCGGUUCAUCCCAUUCAAAUGCGGGCUCCAUAUGCUCAACAAUAUCAGAUCCCAACGGAGCAAAUGCCGAUUGGUUACCACCAAGCUGUUCCGGGGACGGGUCAAGUGUAUAGUGGCGAGGCAAUGAGGCCCGUGGCAACAAUGGAUCGGUAUGAUGCUACAACAAGAGUGGUUCCAGAUGGUAUGAAUCAACAGGUUUAUUAUGGAGUUCGUAAUGCAAGUUCGGGUAUGGUUCAAGGGCAUCGAGGUACGAUGAUUCAGAGCGGGGAAGAUUUGAAAAGGACCGCAUCUGAUACAUACCCCAGGAGACGGAAUUCUGACAAAAUCUACAAAACAGAAAACAUCUAAAUUUUGUUUUUACGUCCUAUGCUAUCAAAACAUAUCCUUUUUUGUACCAGCCAUGGCGCCUGGUUAUGUAAAUUUUGUGAUAAAGAGCUAUAAAUAAUUUGGCUUGUAAUUAUUAGAAUUUUUCUUGCUUUUCUUUUGUUAACACAGUAAAAUGAUUUGGAA